CCCCAUCUCUACUAUCUGUCUCGUGUUUGAAUAUGGCGCAGCAAUAGAGUUUAAGUUGUGGACUGUGGACUCAACAGGUUUGUGUUGCAGCCUGUAGAGGACACUGUGUUACCGCCUGCACGUUGAUCACCUCUCUCCCCCCUCUCUGCUCUGUCUCCUCCCAUGCUCCUUCACUUCAGAGGACCGGUCUCCGGCUUCACACAGCGUCUCAUCGCGUCUACAGGAUGAACUUCUAACUGUGGAUGUAAAGUGAGACAAUCGGAUCAUUCUUCAUUACUGUUCGUAGAUUCAAGUCUGCGUAACCUGAUUUGGGCCAGCGGGGCCCCGCGUACGGAUCCUCUUCUGCAGCCCGGCGUGUAAUCUGUGAUGGAUCGAGGUUUCAUAAUAACUUAGACGUCCCAGACCGGUUAGGAGACAAACUGUUUAUUUAGAUAAAGACCGAACCAGUGGGGAUAUGGACGGGGCGGACGUGAGCCAGCUGUCCGAUGAGGAGCUGCUGAUGCAGGGGAAGGAGGAUCUGGUCCGGAGGCUGAGGAGACUGGAGAGCCGCAACAUGGAGCUGAUGCUGGAGCACGGGAACAUGAUGAAGGACGUGAAUCGGAGACUGCAGGUCCACCUUCAUGAGAUCCGGAGUCUGAAAGAGGUCAACCAGAAACUGCAGGAUGAUAACCAGGAGCUAAGAGAGCUCUGCUGCUUCCUGGACGACGACCGACAGAAGGGCAAGAAGGUGUCCCGGGAAUGGCAGAGGUUCGGCCGCUACACUGCCAGCGUCAUGUGGAAAGACGUCGGUCUGUACCAGCAGAAACUGACCGAGCUGGAGGCCAAUCAGGACACGCUGAGGACGGAGAACGUGGAGCUGAAGGAGAUCAUCUUCAUGCUGGAUGAGGAGAGGAACGGCGCCGGCUCCAGGAGCUCCAUCGACAGCCAAUCCAGCCUGAGCAACCUGAACGGGCCGGUGCGAGACGUCGGGGAUGGAAGUAGCACAUCCAGUACUGGAAGCGCUGGGAGUCCAGAUCACCAUCACCACCACCACCACUUACACAAAUCAUCCGAAGGGAAGAUAGCAUCUCUGAGGAGGUCUAUGGACGACCUGUCCGCCUCUCAGAGAGGACUCUCCACUGGUCUCAGUGAUGCAUCAGCCAACUACAUCAGACAGCUAGAGAACAAGGUGAGGAUGCUGGAGGAUGAAAACAAGCAGCUGCUGACAGAGCCAAAUGGAGGAGGAGUGAAGACACUGAAGAAGGGUUUGUCCCUUUAUCAUUCAGAAAGUCAGCUCUCACAGUUCCACGACAACAUGCACAACGGUGCUUCACAGACCCCCAGUGGUGAGCCCUCCCCCACAGGGAUCUAUUUCCCCCCAGGGCAGAAACCAGAGGCUGUGGUCCAUGCCAUGAAGGUGCUGGAGGUCCAUGAGAAGCUCGACAGGCACAACUCACAGGAGUAUGAUGAUGAUCUCAGUGAGAAAGAGAAGGCUAUCGUCAGAGAGAUGUGCAACGUGGUUUGGAGAAAGCUGGGUGAUGCUGCCGGAUCCAAGCCUUCCGUCCGGCAGCAGCUCUCAGGCAACCAGUUCAAAGGACCUUUAUAGUUGUCAAACAAAAAGAGAAGACCUGCAAACCUAUACUACCAGUUUGAACUGGAAGCCUUCAGCACAGUGUUUUCUCUCUCAGCUGAUGAACUGAGACCUCAUCAGCCUGAACUAAG